GCAGAACACACACACACACACACACACACACACACACACACAAUUUAGUUAAAUAGUAUAAGGUAUGAGCGGUAGUGCCUGGUACUUCUGGUACUGUUGAUCACUUUGUAUUGCACAUGAGAACAGCACCGGAACUACGACUAGCAUGACAACAUCAUCUGAUUGGUCCAACGUGACCCUCCACCUGCAGGAUUCAUUAACUCAUGCUCUGAAUGAUUUCCUGAAGCAAUGGCAAUGGAACAACACACAGGCUGAACGUGACCUAAACGCCCGACUGGCUGAAGAAAACCUCGACAACGUUAUCUGGUACCUAGUGGUAAUGAUCGGGAUAUUCGGCUUCAUUGUCGUGGCCAUUCUAGUGAGCACGGUAAAGUCCAAACGCAGGGAGCACUCCAAUGACCCCUACCAUAAGUACAUUGAGGGAGAAUGGAGUUCCCAGCCUCAGAUUCAAGGAUACAACCAGAGCUACGUCAUCUCCAACCCAAGCACCAGCACCUUUGAUGGACCCGGCUCACCUUGACCUUCACUCUCUGCUUGAAACACGUGUGGAUUGAUGCAUCAUCUCUAGCUACUUGAUUUCUGUGAUUGUAUCAAUGUCCGUUGACAUUAAGCACUAAGUUCAAUGAUGAAAAAUAUGGUGAUGGUCAAAAGUGAUGCAUCACUUGGGCUGACAUUCUUAUAUUCAUAAACAAAUAAAAACAAUAACUGUUUUGCAGAC